GCUCGGCGCGUGGGCGGGGCGUCGGUGGCGGCCGGGCGGCUGAGGUGGCCGCUGGGGCUCAGGCGGCGGGUGCGGCCGGGAUGGCGAAGAGCAACGGAGAGAAUGGGCCGCGCGCGCCCGCGGCCGGGGAAAGCCUGUCGGGAACCCGGGAAAGCCUGGCCCAGGGCCCCGACGCCGCAACCACCGAUGAACUCAGCUCUCUCGGGUCCGACUCCGAGGCGAACGGCUUCGCUGAGCGCCGCAUCGAUAAGUUCGGCUUCAUCGUGGGCUCGCAGGGCGCCGAGGGCGCGCUGGAGGAAGUCCCCCUGGAGGUGCUGAGGCAGAGGGAGUCCAAGUGGCUGGACAUGCUCAACAACUGGGACAAAUGGAUGGCCAAGAAGCACAAAAAGAUUCGUCUGCGGUGUCAAAAGGGCAUCCCACCUUCUCUGCGGGGCCGUGCUUGGCAGUACCUGUCAGGAGGCAAGGUGAAGUUACAACAGAACCCUGGAAAGUUUGACGAGCUGGACAUGUCCCCUGGGGAUCCCAAGUGGCUGGACGUGAUUGAGCGUGACCUGCACCGGCAGUUCCCUUUCCAUGAGAUGUUUGUGUCCCGGGGUGGCCAUGGCCAGCAGGACCUAUUCCGUGUGCUGAAGGCCUACACGCUGUACCGACCUGAGGAGGGCUAUUGCCAGGCCCAGGCGCCCAUUGCCGCCGUCUUGCUCAUGCACAUGCCUGCUGAGCAAGCCUUCUGGUGCCUGGUACAGAUCUGUGAGAAGUACCUGCCUGGCUACUACAGUGAGAAACUGGAGGCGAUCCAGCUGGACGGGGAGAUCCUCUUCUCACUCUUGCAGAAGGUGUCACCAGUGGCCCACAAGCACCUCAGCCGACAGAAAAUCGACCCGCUCCUCUACAUGACAGAGUGGUUCAUGUGCGCCUUCUCCCGAACCUUGCCCUGGAGCUCUGUGCUGCGCGUCUGGGACAUGUUCUUCUGCGAAGGAGUCAAGAUCAUCUUCCGGGUGGGGUUGGUGCUGCUAAAGCAUGCGCUGGGCUCCCCCGAGAAGGUCAAAGCCUGCCAGGGCCAGUACGAGACGAUCGAGCGACUGCGGAGCCUCAGCCCCAAGAUCAUGCAGGAGGCCUUCCUGGUCCAGGAGGUGGUGGAGUUGCCCGUGACAGAGCGCCAGAUUGAGCGCGAACACCUCAUCCAGCUGCGGCGCUGGCAGGAGACCCGGGGUGAGCUGCAGUGCCGCUCCCCACCGAGGCUGCAUGGUGCCAAGGCCAUCUUGGAUGCAGAACCUGGUCCCCGGCCCACCCUACAACCUUCACCGUCCAUCCGCCUCCCCCCAGAUGCCCCUCUCCCUGGUUCCAAAGCCAAGUCCAAGCCAUCCAAGCAAGCCCAGAAGGAGCAGCAGAAGCAGAUAAAGGCGAGAGGGCAGCCAGAGAAGCCCCCAGCCCCAGAUCAAGCCAUGGUGGAGGCCGCUGCAGGAGAUGCCUAUCCCCCACAGCAUAUGCCCCCGAAUGACUCAGCCCCCCAGGUCUCAGCCCCUCAGGUCUCAGCUCCUCAGGACUCAGCCCCCCAGGCUUCAGCCCCUCAGGAUUCAGCUCCCCAGGUCUCAACCCACCACCGCUCCCAGGAGAGCCUGACGUCCCAAGAGAGUGAGGACACCUACUUGUAACCCUGGCAGCUCAGGCCUCCAGGGCGGGGUCUCCACACACCUACACGGUUCAUGAACUGACAUUCCACGGCCUGCCCACCCUCUGAGGGCCAAGCCACCUGGUCACUGGGCUGGGCUGGAGUCUGGCUGGUCCAACACAGAUUCUGCCUGAGCCUCCUUAUUUAUUUUCUUUACAGUGGCACUCGGGCUGGUCCAGCCAGGGCAGGCAGAAGCUAGGGACCAGGGGGUGGGGCCUCCUUCAGCCCCCUCCUCCUAGGGGAUGCUCCCCAGGGCUAGGGUGCUGGGGUGAGGGGAAAGGGUGGGGUGUUCUUUGUGUAAAAUAGAAACAUGGUUUUGUACAGAAAUAAACAGCCUUGUGUAGAGA